UAGCAUGGCAUAUUGGCAACCUUGCAUGUAAGUGCGGGCCUGCUGCCGCUCUGGCGUUUUCGCGUUUUUCAUCCGUGUGUGAACAAAGUCUGCCGCAUCAAAGCGCACUUUCUUUGUUUUCUGGCACUGUAAAACACCUUCUUUCCUCGAACUUCCGGAGCAUUCAAUCGGUAGAGUGUAAUAUUUGUGCAGAACUACGGUGGACACGGCCUGUGGGACUUUAUUUGGAUCGUUCAGAGGUUUUUGUGACCCUCUAAAAUGGUUAAUACCGACAAGCAGCAGCCGCAGGAGGACGAGAAUACUAUUGCCGAUAAUACGGUUGUGCAAAAGUACAAAACAGCUGGGGCAAUCGUGAACAAGACCCUCCAAAACCUGAUUCAGUCAUGUAAAGUAGGAGCAUCGGCAAAAGCACUCUGCCAGAAGGGCGACAAUCUGCUGGAACAGGAAGCGAACAAGAAAUAUAAAAAUGAGGAUGACAUGAAAAAAGGAAUCGCGUUUCCGACCUGUCUUUCGGUAAACAAUUGUAUCUGCCAUUUCUCGCCAUCGAAGAACGAUCCGGAUUAUACGCUUAAGGCGGGUGAUGUAGUGAAGAUCGAUCUUGGAGCGCACAUUGACGGUUUCAUUGCUGUGGCAGCGCACACAAUUGUAGUGGGAGCGAAUGCGGAAAACAAAUGCAAGGGACGUGCCGCCGACGUCGUGUUAGCCGCGUACAAUGCCAGCCAAGCGGCACUCCGUCUGCUGAAGGACGGCACUAGUAACUAUGCCGUGACAGAUGCCGUCCAAAAGAUUGCCAACGAGUACAAAUGCAAACCGAUCGAAGGCAUGCUGAGCCAUCAGCUGAAGCAGUUCAAGAUCGACGGUGAGAAGACGAUCAUCCAGAAUCCGACUAUUGCACAGAAAAAAGAACACGAAAAGUGUCAGUUCGAGAAGUACGAGGUGUACGCGAUGGAUGUGCUUGUCAGCACCGGAGAGGGUUUGGGCAAGGAACUGGGCACUAAGGUUUCAAUCUAUAAGAAAACCGAAGAGAAUUAUUUGCUCAAACUGAAGGCAUCUCGUGCGUUCUAUGCUGAGGUUAAGAAAAAGUACGGCACAAUGCCGUUCAACUUGCGUAAUUUCGAGGAAGAAGCCAAGGCCAAAAUGGGAGCUAAUGAGUGCGUAACCCACAAGCUGGUCGAGCCAUUCCAAGUAUUAUAUGAAAAACAUAAUGAAAUCGUCGCCCAGUUCAAGAACACCGUAUUGAUUUUGCCAAACGGCUUGCAAAUCGUGACGAGCAAUCCGUUCGAUUCGGCCUGCUUCGAGAGCGAAUAUAGCGUACAGGACGAAGAAAUGAAGAAGCUGCUGGAAAGUGACCUGGUACUGGCUGACGCUAAAAAGUCUGCUCUGGCUAAAGCGGCAUUGGCAGCUGGUAGCGCAUCAGCAGCGGCUAAUGCUGGUAGUGCCCCUCCAGCCGAUGGCACCCAGCAGGGAAGUGGAGCUGCAAAGGAUAAGAAGAAAAAGAAGAAGAAGAAUAAGGCUGCCACAGCAACCGCAGAGUCUGGAGCUGGAGAUGCUGCGGCCACCGAUGUCAGUUCGAAAAAACCGACGCAGGCCAAUAAAGAGAAUACCGCAGGCACCAAGCCAUAGUAAUACCACAGCUGAGUUUCCUUUCCUAUCCCGUUCAUUUUGCUGAUGCUCUUGAUAUCCUUAAAGUUUGUUUUUGUUUUCUACCCGAACCGGCCCAUCCUUUCCUAUUUUUCCCUUUCCAAAAAUCAUUCUGCACUGGAGAAUUCUGAUUCACGAAUACUGCCGAUUCGGGGCGGUUUAGAACUAAGUCUUGGAUUCUCCUGCUGUGACUGACUUGCGUAGUGUUUGUUGAUGCGAGCAAAUGCUGUGAAGAGUUUCUCAGCGAAAAAAUAAGGAAGAUGUUACAUUCUUUAGAAUAAGCCUGAUUCGAUGGUUUUUGAGUCCAGUCUAGAGGUGACUGUUGCUCACCGGAAGCAGUAGCAAUAAUUGCGUUGAAAAUUGGGUUUUGUGCUACAAAACGAAAAGUUUAGGCAUUGAGUGGAUAGUAUCUAAAAAAUAUAUAUAUUUGGAAAUCCACAGUAAGUCAAAUCCCUCGUACUAGCAUCGUUCAUACUUUAGAAAUGGAAAAGUAUUUAGGUGACAGCUUGUGAAAUAGCAUGCUACUUUAGAAACUUGGUAAAGCCGUGUUGAAAAUAACAGAAUAAAAAUCCCAUUCAUUCAUAUUGUAUAAAAGAGUCAUAACCGAUUUGGAAUCGUUUCGAAGAAUGUAAUUUCGUUUUUUUUUCUGAAAUAAAUAUGACAAAACCCGUUGAA